AUGGCGGGCGGUGACUCUAAAGACUCCCACAUUGUCAGAGCCAACAAGAGAAUUCAGGAAUACCAUGAUGAAGGUGAGAGAAUCAAUGAGGCUGUGAAGGUGGGCAGAGUCAUCUUUGAUACCUUCAACCAGAUCAGUGAGAGAAGUGGUGGCCUAGAGAAGAGCAUCUGGGCCUCUGACAACCAUAUCUGCUCCUUGGACCAGCCUGUCCUCCAGCAAGGCAAAAACAAGCCAAAGCCACCAAAGGACCAGGACACCCAGAGCAGCAAAGAGAAGAAGCCACAGCAGCAGAGCCCCCCGGAGCAAAAGAGCAACAAACAGGAACCAAAGACCACUACCAGCAAGCCGAAGAUGGAGAAUACUAAGCCUGCUAUCAAUUUUGAUGACACCGAGGCCUUCAUGGGAGCCCUCGAGAAGAUUCGUCGCGGUGGCAGUGUCUUGAAGGCUGGUCAGGGUCGCGUCACUAAACCUGCUCCCAUCGAAGCAGAAGACAAGGAGAACUACAAUCCUGGCCCCUCUCCCGUUAAGGAACCUGCUGUUGAAGAGGCCAAAUACCCGCCAGCUGAGGAGAGUGGCAUCGUUACUCCGGAAGAAGUUCCUGAAGAGACUCCCGGAAAGGCCUCUGAUGUUGCCGUUGAAGAGUCCAUUGCCAGUGACUCCGUUCAAGCUUCUAUUUCUGCAGAAGAGGAGGAUCGUGAGAAUUUAGUCACUUUCAAGACCUGGGGCAGUCCAGCUCCGCGUGCUGCUAGCAAUGCUGCACCACGUCGUAUCAUCUUGACUAAUAUUCCAGUCUGCCUCCGUAGUCAGUCUCGCAUCCUUGCUCUCAUCCACGGAGGCAAGAUCGAGUCUGUCUCUGUUCACCCAGCCAGCCAGUCUGCUGAAAUCCGCUUCUGCUCUGCGACUGACUGCAAGACCUUCUAUGACAAGUACCCAAAUGGUAUUGACUUCGACUACAACGGCAGUCGUGGGACUGUUUUCGUGGACAUCGGCAAGGAGGUCGACAUUAUUAGCUCUCGUCUUGUCGAAUGCUUGGACAUCGGUGCAACUCGCAUCGUUCGUGCAGUUGGGGCUCCUCUCAAUGUCAGCAUUGCUCAGCUGGUUGAGAUAAUUGAUACCAGAAAGUGGCACCUUGAGAAGAUCAUCGAUUCCUAUGAGGCAUCAACCAAAAUUCGCAGUGUCGUGUUCAGAUUCUGCUCCAUUGAUGCUGCUGUACGCUUCCGUUCAUGCCUCAUUCGCAUGGAUGACUGGGACCAGGCCAAUAUUCAGUUCGGGCCUGACCCGUAA